AUGGUCCAAAGGUAUAAGAGUCCACAUGAAGAGGCUCUAAAACAGAUCGAGCCCAUUGAUUCCAGUCAGAUAUCGCCGACUCUUGCGCCGAUGUGUUGGUUGAACACAAUCGAAGACUGUUACAGCAGGCAACUUAGCGUUGGCGACGAAGUGGUAUUCGUUGAAGUAGAAGAAAUGGACGGUGAAUGGGGGCUUUUGGAAGAGGCAUCUGUGCGGACCUCGGGUGGCUGGCUUCUCGUAUAUUCAAUUACCGAUCGAUCUUCAUUCAAAAGCGCUCAGAAUUGGGCAAAAAGGCUGGGACUAAAUGUGACUUGGAGUAUGAUAGACAAGUUUUGGAGAGCGGUUGGUGGAUCACUACUACGUCCGAACCCCUGUUUUGACAAGUUGAAUUCAGAGGGACAGGCGUUCGCUGCAAAAUUUGGGACUGUCUAUAUCGAGACUUCUGCAAAACUCGAUGUAAACGUCGAUAUGGCCUUUGUACAACUCAUAAAGCAUAUAAAACAACACGAAAAUCGGAUACCAUCCGGCAGCAGGACAGGUAUAACCAAAGCCAUACUCCCCAUCACAAAGGAGAAAAGAGGUUCCAUAGGCAAGAGAUUAGCCUACACUAGGCCUAUAUUCAGAACAUAUCGCCCCGACGGGUUAUAA